GCAGCACCGCGCACGCGCGGGGGGCGGGCCGUUGGGGCGCGGCCCCACCCUGCUCCGGAGCGAGAAUGAGUCCUGCUCUGCGGGGGGGAGGGCAGCCCAACCCCGCUUCACGCCCUCCAAGUGCUGGGCAGGCGCGGAGGGGGCGCUGGCUCUCGCGUCGGCAUUGCCAGGUGCCCCAGAAUGACCCUGUUUGUACAAUUGAAUACAAUUCACCUACAAAAUUUGACUUUUGGAGAACUAGAAAAAAUGAGGAUUUUGCUAUGGAUUCUGUAAAUGAGAACAGUUUUUAUCUAAACAAAAUAUGGGUUCAAUGUGAGAAUGGCAGUUGUUUAAAAUGGAGGCUGCUAUCAACUGAUGCUGCUGCACAAGUAGAUCACAAUGAGCCAUGGUACUGUUAUAUGAAUACUGAUCCAUGGUUUAAUAAAUGUUCUGUUUCUGAAGAAUGUUUUCCAGAAGAGUCUGAGUUUCAUAAAAAUGGAUUUAAAUACAUUUACUCAGAGCUUUCUAUAGGAAGUCUGGUUCUGGUGAAACUGUGCAAUAGUCCCAGAUGGCCUGGCAUAAUCUGUCCUGAUCCUGUUAAUGGACAGCAUGUAACACAUGAUUUGGAUGGGUAUGUUGACAGUAAUCAUGUAGAAUACCUUGGUGAUCCCCAUUCCAGAGGUUGGGUUGCAGUGAAACAUAUUAGUCGUUAUUCUACUUCAGUUAAGCCAGAGCGCUGCAGGAGACAAAAGAAAUGGUAUAAACGUGCGUUAGAAGAAGCGAACAAACUGCUUGCAUGUUCUUCUGAGCAAAGACUUGGCCAUCUAUCAUCAAAGGGGGGCAAAACAGAUGCCAGUAAUGACACAGAGCUAUCCAAAAGAAGAAAUAAGCAAGUUGGUAAGAGAAGUACCUGUGGAAUUGGACAAAAGAAAAAGAAAAAAAUGUUAAGAUGCUCUCUUGAAACAAUUGGCUCAGAUGACAUCCUCUCAAAAGACAAUCUGGUCUGCAGGACAAGUUGGACUAGACCUGAGAGUGCUGAAGGAACUGCCUGGAGUCAUUGCAGGACCAUUGGCGAAGUUGUGUCUCAGACAGAGAUUAUAUUAAAAGAUCUGGAACGAAUUCUCAGACAUGUUGCAGACCCAUCUAUAACAGCUUGUGACUCAUAUGUAGAUGGAAAGGAAAAAGACAUUGGAGAAAAGAUGCUUAGCGAUGGAUUCCUUGAGGAUCUGCUCCAUGAUUUAUCCAGGGAUGGAAGUGAGGCUGACCAGACUGUAGUUCCUUGGAACCUCCUUCUUCCCUUUCUUAAAGAUGGAUGCUAUAUAAAAGAUGCCCUUUUCCAAUCAUGCAGGACCUUUCCCAAUCACCACAAGUUUUCAAAGAUAAUAGCCAGUGCUUCUGCAAUCAGGUCAGCCAACUCCCUUAGCAUCCUUGAGUGUAUCACAUCCAGCCCCAUAGACUUGCACACAUCCAUCUUUUUUCUAAAUAGGCCCUAACCUAUUUUUUCAGCACUUUUGGCUGCUCACCUCCUUUCCAGACUGUGCUGCCAGGUGCAGUGGUCCAGGAGCUGAAUUUGCCUGUGGACUCUGAGGUGAAAAAGGCAUUGAGUAUUUCAGAAGAAUUUAUAUAUGUUUCUAAAUAUUGUGCCUUCCAAAAACAAAGGGUGCCUGUAGGUGUGCAGGGAGUUGCUAAGAUGCACUAUAAUUACAGCGUGUCUUGAGCAGACUCAAUUAAUUGAAUCUGCUGGAGUGUGCUAAUUAGCAUGCUCCAGCAGCCUCCAUGUCUCAUGUAUCGUAGUUUCAUAGUUGGUAGGGUUGGAAGGGACCUGAGCAGAUCAUCAAGUCCGACCCCCUGCCAUGGCAAGAAGAAGUACUGGGGUCAAACAACCCCAACGAGGUGUUCAUCUAACCUCCUCUUAAAGACCCCCAGGGUAGGAGCCAGCACCAUUUCGCUUGGAAGUUGGUUCCAGGUCCUAGCAGCCCUGACAGUGAAGUAGUGCCUUCUGAUGUCUAGUUUGAAUCUACCCUCUGCCAGCUUGUCACUGUUAUUUCUAGUCACUCCUGGGAGUGCUCAGGGGAACAGGGACUCCCCCAAUGCCUGCUGGUCCCCUCUGGCUAGUUUGUAACAGGCCACUAGAUUCCCCCUUCAGCCUUCUCUUGUGGAGGCUGAACAGGUUCAGGUCCCUCAGCCUCUUCUCAUAGGGCCUGCCCUGCUGCCCCCUGAUCAUGCGGGUGGCCCUCUUCUGAACCCUCUCAAUGCUGUCCACAUCUCUCCUGCAGUGUGGCACCCAGAACUGGAUGCAGUACUCCAACUGCAGCCUGACCAGUGCUUCAUAGAGGGGGAGGAUCAUCUCCUUGGACCUGCUUGAGAUGCAUCUGUGGAUGCAUGACAAGGUGUGGUUGGCCCUCCUGACCGCGUCCCCACACUGUCGGCCCAUGUUCAUUUUGUCAUCAAUAAUGAUUCAAAGAUCCCCUUCUGCCUCUGCACUAACAAGAAGGGAGUUCCCCAGCAUGUAGGUAUACUGCUGGUUCUUCCUCCCCAGGUGCAGCACCUUGCACUUGUCAGGGUUGAAACCCAUCCUGUUCUCAUCUCAGGUUACCCCUGUAACCUGUCCAGAUCAAAUUGCAGCCUGUUCCUCCAUUCUAGUGUGCCCACAUCCCCCCACAUCUUAGUGUCAUCAGCAAAUUUGAAUAGGGUGCUUUUUAUCCCCUCAUCCAAGUCACUGAUGAAUCAUCCCCAUGCUUCUAAAUGGUAGUGAGGCACUUCAACUAAAGCUCAUUCAACCCUGCCAUUUUGAAGGUCAGGGAUGCUGAUACACUGCAGGCACUUUAAUUAGAGCGGCUCUCAGAGCCACUCUAAUGAAAGCAUCCCCUGCUUCAUCCCUGGAGCAUGUGUAAUAAUGCCCCAGAGUGGUUGUUUUAUUUGGGGGCAUGUUGUAUGUGAGAAAAUACAGCAGUAAACAGGAUGAAAAUAUAUUUAGAUCCAAUUUUUGUAUUGUCUGUGUUACAAAUUUGUCCCUUGGUGAAUGGAUAUCGCUGAGUGGACCUGGGUAUGCAAAUUAAGAAAAUGCUUAAACACUUUUCAAAGUGUUUAGUCAGGGACUGGGCCUUUUUUGUGUAACCACCAGUGUUUAGCCCCUUAAAGCUACACAUGCCUUGAAAUCAGCAUAAAGCUUAAGACACCCUUGAAAAGUAAGAGCAUCUGGGCAAAAGCUAAGUGCUCUUAUACUGUUCCUUUGUCUUUGCUUUCCCAAGGAUAGCUCCACUUCCUCACAGCAGGACUAUCACUCAACUCAAGAGAUUUAGGAAGAGAGGGCUGUCUCAGGCAAAACUUCCUAUUGCAAGUGCAUCUAGUUCCCAAGGAAUAUAAUUAUAUGUACUAUACAAACAGUUUCUUCUCCCUCCUCAAGUUCUUCUGAAGAAUGAUGAAGACUGUAAUUUGAGCAGACUUCAGAGAUUCAUGAAAUUGGGAAGAAUGCUGCAGAGCUCCAAUUCCCUUGGAGGUCUUUAUCCAUAGUAUGCUAAUUUUUGUAUUGCGUAUUGCAAGGUAUCACUUUUGCCCUAUAUUUUGAGAUAUAUUUCACAGUAUUUUUGGUAAAGGCUCUUCUUUUUAAUUUUUUAAGUAAUUAGGUGUCUGUAAUAUAAUGAUGUAAUAGAAGAAAUUUUAUUUCAAUAAUUAUAUACCUUAAAAGACUAUUAACUAUACACUGCAUUCUGAAUAUUAGCUAUAUUCUUCCAGAAUCUUUGCAUUUACCUUAUUGUAUCCAUAAAUGGAUUUCCACCUCUCUGCUUAUGACAGCAGUUUGUUUUACUUGUGGGUGGACUAUGUAUUGACUGAUCUUUAAAAUCUUGAUAAUAAAAUAUAGUGGAUAAUGAUAUUUCUUUCAAGUGUAAUGCAUCUAGAGAAUGCAUAUUUUCUUUUCAGGUAACUAAAUCCAAUACAGAGGUUACUGAAGGAAGUCCAGCAGAAAGCUACUGCCAAGAGGACUGUGUUGUUAUUGAUGGAAUAGCUUUCAGGG